AUGGCGAAACACGGGGCCGCCGCCGCUCUGCUGAUCGCGUCACUCCUCGUGGCCGCCGCCCUCGCCGCCGGCGCCGACGUGAGGAGGCCUCUUAACGCGAGGUUCCCCGUGAAUCGCGGAGCGACUAGAGUUUCCGUGGAGAAGAAGCAAGACGCCGCGGCGGUGCCGACGCUGAGCUGCAGCAAGGUGCACGGGGUGCAGGCCGGCGAGACGUGCUUCGCCGUGGCGCAGGCGGCGGGGCUGACCCAGGACGUGUUCCUCGGCUUCAACCCCAACAUCAACUGCGAGAAGGUCUUCGUCGGCCAGUGGGUCUGCCUCGCCGCCACUUCCGCUUGA